AUGGUUGUGGGGCAGGGGAGGAUGCUGCGGCUGGCGGCGGGGCUGCUGGCGGCGGCCCUGGCGGCGCUGCUCCUGGACUGGUACGGCCAAGCGGGGCCUCAGCGCCUGGGCCAGCGCCGCCCCUUCGCUCGGGAGCCGGCCCCCGGGGCAGAGGCCACCAACCUCUUCUGGGUGGUGCAGGUAUCAGACAUUCACAUCAGUAGGUUUCGGGAUCCCAAACGAGUUCCUGACUUUGAAAAGUUCUGUUCUGAAACAAUUGAUAUAAUUCAACCAGUGCUUGUUCUAGUGACAGGUGAUUUGACAGAUGCCAAAACAAAAGAUAAACUGGGCUCUGAGCAGAUUGAGGUGGAGUGGCAAACUUACCAGUUGAUCCUGAAGAGAUCAAGAGUCAUGGAGAAAACCAAGUGGAUAGACAUCAAAGGGAAUCAUGAUUCAUUCAACAUUCCACACUUGGACAGCAUCCAAAAUUACUACAGGAGAUACUCUGCCUGGCAUAAGGAUGGCUCUUUCCAUUAUGUGCACAGGACGCCUUUUGGAAACUAUUCAUUCAUCUGUGUGGAUGCCACCCUCAGCCCAGGCCCCAAGAGACCAUACAAUUUCUUUGGGAUUCUAAACAUGAGUCAAAUGGAAGAGCUGUCUUCCUUGGCCACAGAAAGUCAUCACAGCAACCAAACCAUCUGGUUUGGCCAUUACCCCACUUCAACAAUCAUCUCCCCAUCCUCGGGAGUACGAAUGGUAAUGAGCUCUGCCACAGCCUAUUUGUGUGGGCACCUCCAUACAUUGGGUGGACUGAUGCCAGUCCUGCAUAGUCGGCACCCUCAGGGCACUCUGGAACUGGAGCUGGGAGACUGGAUGGAAAAUAGGAAGUACCGGAUCCUUGCAUUUGAUCAUGACCUCCUUAGCUUUGCAGAUCUGAACUUUGAGGAGUGGCCAGCUGUUCUCAUCACUAACCCCAAAUCGUUACUUUAUAGCAGCUCUACUCAUGAACCACUAGUGAAAAUUCUUCACUCCACCCACAUCAGAAUUUUGGUCUUCUCUCCUUCUUUCAUCACCUCUGUGAAGGUCAGUAUUGAUGGAGUUCAUUUGGGGGAUGCUCAUCAUGUGUCUGGUCCUCUCUACGUACUGAAGUGGAACCCUCAAAACUAUAGUGAAGGGUUACAUCACAUAGAUGUAACUGUCCAGGAUGCCAUUGGGAAGAGCAGCACUCAAGGUCAUACAUUUGCUGUGAAUGAAAACCUCUCUCUUAGAUUUGGCUUCUUGUCAUCUCUCAUUCUCCUUACAGACCACUACAUCCUGGCUCGAGUACUGUUUGGGCUGACUGUUCUGGUUCAGAUCACCUUGCUUCUUAUUUUCAGGUACCUUAGAAAGCCAACACUCAAAGGACCCCCAGGAUUAGUAAUGCUGACCUCCUUUUCACUUCACAUCUUGAGCAAAACAAACACCUUCUAUUACUCUGUUCUGAUACUGAGUUUGUAUACAGCUCUGGGACCUUGGUUUAUUGGCGAGGUGAUAGAUGGCCAGAUGGGCAUCUGUUUUUCCUUUGGGGUAAUUGUUGGUGGACAUUUCCUGCAAGGCAGCUUGACAUUCGUGGUUGGAAUUUUACAGAUGAUAUUUUUUAACUUACCUUUGAUGGCUUACCUGUGCUGGUGCCUGUUGCUACGAUGCCAGGGGCAUAGCUUCUGCUCUCAUAUCCGUCAUGUCAGGCACUUCCUGGCUGUGCCAAUCCACCUAACCAUGCUGCUCCUGCUGGCCUGGCAAAUCUAUUCCUGUUACUUCCUGCAACGGACCUAUGGAACUCUGGCUUUCUUCCUCUCCCCAAUGAAGACCUGGUUGGUGGUGCUGACUCUAGUUCUGAUCCAUAAAACCUGGACACUGAGCUCUUCUGAGCUGAGAACUUACAUAGUGGAAAUGAAAAACUGUCAGUGCUCUUGA